UGACUUGUUCCCCGUAUACAUACUGGAAGUCACAUGGUCUGCUCAACAUUUUUAUAAGCCUCACCUGGGUUGGAAACAUUGACCCAGCUCCUAAAUGCAAAUUCCAAUUCCAGAACAAGGAAGCAGAGUCUAGAUCCAAUCUGUGAAAGGACCUUCUUCAGCCUUGGUCAGCUCUCCACCUCUAGACCUGAAAAUGGAAGAAAGAAACACCAGUGGAACAUUCUCAAGCAUGGGUUCAUCCACCCCAGCCUGGAGCACUGACAGCACAACAAUGAAUAGAAGUUACUACACUGGAAACUUAUACUGUGUUACCAUGUACAAAGUCUUCAGUAUUCUUUCUCUCAUCAUUUGCAUGGUUGGAGUGGCAGGAAAUGCCAUAGUGCUGUGGCUUCUGGGCUUCCACAUGCACAGGAAUGCCUUCUCUGUCUAUGUCCUCAACCUGGCCGGGGCUGACUUCCUCUUCCUCUGCUUUCAGAUUGUAUUUUUCCUGAAACAAAUUCUUCUUCUGUUCAAUGUCAACUCCUUCUAUGUUCCAUUCUAUCUCACCAAUUUAUCACUCACUGCUUACCUUGCAGGUUUAUGUAUGAUUGCAGCCAUCAGUGUUGAGCGAUGCCUGUCUGUUUUGUGGCCCAUCUGGUAUCACUGUCAGAGACCAAGACACAUGUCAUUUGUCAUGUGUGCCCUGCUCUGGGCCUUCUCUGUACUGUUAAGCCACACGUUACAGUUUGGUUGCAGUUCACAGCUUAGUGUUCAUGGAUAUUCUUACUGUGGGACUGUUGCUUUUACCAUUGUUGUAUUUAUAAUAGUACUAUCUGUGAUUCCUUGUGGAUUUAACCUGGCUCUGCUGGUCAGGAUCUUCUGUGGCUCACAGAGGAUUCCUGUGACCAGGUUGUAUGUGACCAUUGCACUCACAGUGCUAGUCUUCUUACUCUUUGGUCUGCCCUUUGGUAUCUAUGGUAUACUUGUCAUUUCGAAAAUGAAGUUGCCUAGCAUUUUCUCUUGUGAUAGCAGUUAUAUUACAGCUUUCCUGUCCUGUGUUAACAGCUGUGCCAACCCCAUCAUUUACUUCCUUGUUGGCUCCAUUAGACAUUGCAGGUUUCAGAGGCAGUCUCUGAAGAUGCUUCUGCAGAGAGCCAUGCAGAACACUCCUGAAGAAGAAGAUGGAGAGACAGGUUCGUCAGGAAUCCUGGAGAGCAAGAAACAGCCUUGUGUAGUAGUUGAGUGAGCCCUUGAUCAGACACAGUUGCUUUGAGAAUCAACUUGGCCUUUAUCUGUGUGGGCCAUUUUCACAACAUUGUUCAACCGGUUGAGAAAAUAGUCAUUUUGUAGAUAUUGGCUGAAAUGGGGCUUAUUAAAUAGAAACUGACUGAAGCUCCCUGUAGCUAGAGUUUUCC